AUGCAAGUGCCGUUGAUUCGGCUCCAGUGUGGCGUCAAUAGCUAUGAUUGGGGGAAGAAGGGCAAAGACUCUGCUGCUGCCAAAUAUGCACUCGCCACUCCUCCCGAUGGCUUCUCGAUCGAAGAAGAGAAACCUUAUGCUGAGGUCUGCCUGCUCCUAACCUCUCCCGUCAAGCAUCAGACUGAUCAAGCCAAGCUAUGGAUGGGCACUCAUCCUUCACUGCCAUCCAAAGACCUCGAGACAGGCCGUUCGCUACUGGACCUCGUCUCAGACAAUCAGGCCCUGAUGAGCACCGAGAUCUCCAAGAAGUACAACAACAAACUGCCCUUCCUCUUCAAAGUGCUCUCCAUCUCCAAAGCACUAUCCAUCCAAGCCCACCCGAACAAGAAACUGGCCGGGGAGCUUCACGCCAAAGACCCCAAGAACUACCCGGACGAUAACCACAAACCGGAAAUGGCCAUCGCCAUCACCCACUUCGAAGGCCUUUGCGGUUUCCGGCCGCUCAAGGAGAUCGCCCACUUCCUCAAAACCAUCCCGCCCCUCCGCGCCCUCGUCGGCGAAGACCGCGCCAGCAGCCUCGAAACCACCGCCGCGGCCGAGGAUUGCGACCUCGUGACCAGCAAAUCCAGCCUCCGCGCCGCCUUCACCGCGCUCAUGAAAUCCGCCCCAGAAGACGUGCGCGCCAUGUCCAAGUCGCUCGUCUCGCAGGCCGAAUCCCAGGAGAUCAGCCCGGGCCCCUCGCUCGCCCCCGGCCAGGCCAUGUACCUCAAGGCGGACGACAUCCACGCCUACGUCUCCGGCGACAUCAUCGAAUGCAUGGCCAGCUCCGACAACGUCAUCCGCGCCGGCUUCACGCCCAAGUUCCAGGACGUCAACACCCUGACCGAGAUCCUGACCUACGACCACGAUCCGCCCGCGCAGCAGCUGCUGCAGCCCGUCGACUAUCCCUACGUGACGCUGAACACCGCGGCGUACGGUUCCGGAAGCGACAGUCUGCUGUACGAUCCGCCGAUCGAGGAGUUCAGCGUGGUGAGGACGGCGCUGAAGGCGGACGGGGCCAAGGCGACCUUCGAGGGCAUUGCCGGGCCCAGCGUGGUCAUCUGCACCAGCGGACAGGGGAGUAUCAGCGUCGGGCCGAAGAGGGAGGAGCUGAAGGAGGGGUUCGUGUAUUUUGUUGGUGCCACGGCGGAAUGUGUGAUUGAGAGUCGCGGAGCGGAUAUGGUGACGUUCAAGGCCUUCUGUGAGAUCGAAGACGGGAAAGGAGAGAGGGAGACGAAUGGCCAUUGA